GCCAGGCGCAACUCGUCCCCUCGAAAGCAAUCGGGCAGGUAGACAGUCAUGAGUGGCGGAUUCUCUUUCAAGCAAGACUUGCCGCCGCAGGGCGGCUACGCGCCGAUCCGCUACAAGCGAAAUCUUCCAGCGCGUGGACCAGGCGGCAUUGCGAUCUUUGGCGGCGUCCUUGCCAUAUGCGCCUGGGGCUUCUACCGAGUUGGCCAGGGAAACCUUGAGCAGAGAGAGCUCAAGCGCGAGCGGGCCUGGUCGCGUAUUCACCUUGUGCCUAUGCUUCUCGCUGAAGCAGACCGGGAUACCUACCGACGCGAGCAGGCGCAGCUCUCACGGGAGAAGGAGAUCAUGAAGGACGUUCCAGGUUGGGAGGCUGGCAAGAGUGUGUACAACACGAAGCGGUACACCCCAAACACCUUUGCUGUCCUGUAAGACCUCAGUUGCUGCAAUACGAGGUGUAUGUGAACAAAUGCAAAAGUACAGGAAAU